AUGACACCACAACCAAUUCUUACAUUACACUGGCUCGAUCAGUCAAGAGCACAACGCAUUGUCUGGCUCUUGGAGGAGCUGAACCUUGAGUACAACAUCAAGACAUAUAAGCGUGAUAAGGACUUCCGCGCACCCCCUGCUCUCGAGCAGAUUCAUCCAUUGGGAAAGUCACCAGUGUUGGAAAUUGAGUACUUGGGUUCGGAAAAGACUAGAGCAAUAGCGGAGAGUGGUCACAUUGUCCAAUUCCUGCUAAGAAAUUUUGACAAGGAUGGCCUCUUGGACCCGAAGAACGCUGAGGACUUUGACCUCGCUGAGUACCACACACAUAUGGCUGAAGGUACACUCCAAGCUGUCUUGACAUUUGUCCUUGUUCUACGCAAUGGACAGGGCAAAGCACCAUGGGCUAUUAGACCCAUUAUCAGAGGAUAUAACGACAAGAUCAUUGAGGCUUAUAACGCUCCAGAAGCGAUGAAGGUGUUGGACAUGCUGGAAUCCACCCUUGCCGAAAAGGCUAAACUGGCGACGAGUUCUUCACAGGAACUGUUCAUCGUUGGCCAAAAGUUGUCAGCUGCAGAUAUCAUGUUGAGCUUCCCAGUCGCAGAGUUGUGUAUAUUUGAGGACAGGUUGAGCACUGCAGGGUUUGAUAAGGCAAAAUACCCUUACCUGGUUAGAUGGGCUCAUCAAAUCAGAGAAAGGCCGGCUUAUAUAAGGGCUUUUGAGAAGACAAGUGGAUACUGA